AUGUCAUGCAAGUUCUCUACUUGGCAAAGAAAUACCUUGUACCUUCACUCGCCGAUAAGUGCACUGAAUAUCUUCAGAAACAUCUACAGGCGUCGAAUGUGUUCUCCGUCCUGCCGCAAGCCCAGAAGUUUGAGGAUAAAGAUUUGGAAGAACGGUGCUCAUAGGCGUACGGGCCGGGGGGGCGAGGGGGGCUGCAGCCCCCCCAAAGUUUGGGCAACUCAGAUUUUUUGGGCAGCACGAGAAAAUUUGGGCAAAGCCAGUUUUUAAAGACGUUUCCAUGUUUUUUAUUUUUAUUAUUAUUUUGAAGAGAUAAAUAUUUCCUAUUUUAACCAGAAGUCGGAGUAAUAAUUCAGUUACGUUCACACGAGACAGUGGUUGUCUAGCACGUGAUGAGUUUCUGGUUAUAAGGGAAGGGUAUCAUAUGCUGAUUUUUUUUUAUUGUUGGGCACUGUACUUCACUGCACUAGCUAGAAUAGGCUAUUUCCAGUCGUGGAUUGAUUAGAAUAAACUUCCUCAUAACUUUCUAGAAUCACCUCCGCUCCUAGAACACGCAUCAGCAAUGGGUCUGAAAGUGAAGAAGUGGCUGACUAAUUCUCGGUUAGCUCAGUUGGGAGAGCGCCGGUCUGCUGAGCGGGAGGCCGUAGGUUCAAACCCCGGCCGGACCAACACUCAGGGUCUUUAAAUAACUGAGGAGAAAGUGCUGCCUUUGUAAUAACAUCUGCAAAUGGUUAGACUUUCUAGUCUUCUCGGAUAAGGACGAUAAACCGUAAGCCCGUCUGACAAGCCCUUGCACAUGUAAUAAAUCUGUGGGACGUUAAAGAACCCACACACUCUUCGUAAAGAGUAGGGCACGUAGUGCCCGGUGUAGUGGUCUAUCUCACUUUCACACUCGUGUAUGGGGGCAUCAUCACUCAUUCCUUCAGUACUUGUAAACUGCACCUUAAGCAGUCUGUCAAAGUCCCCCAACCAGUGUUGUAAAUUAUCCCUGAAAAGCCCUGAGGGGAGUGGAUAAUAAGAUAUUUACAAUUUACAAUUUACAGUUUGAAUUACGAGAAGAAUCAUAAUUUUUUUUAAAAAAUCUAUCGAGCGGUUUAAAAAUUAUUCAUUAAUUUGUUUAAGUAGACCGAAAUGUUUACAAAACCUCUAACAAGAUCGAGCGCUUAUCAAAUCCUUCUUUAUAGCAAUUGGCAGGAGCUAUCUCCAUGAUCUUCCACACACGUUUUUAAAAAGAUUGAAACUACUAUGAGGUGAAAUUGCAUGUUAAAAGGGUUUCGUUUUCUUCAGAUUGCGACUAAACAUCAAGAUUUUCCUUUUUUACCUUAUUUCUAACAAUAAAAACUUCGUCCCAAAAUAUCUCGAUAACGCUCUUACAGUUCCGUUUUAACUUCACGAACAUCGAGGCGACUAUUGGAGGAAAGAGCUCCCCUGAACGAUUUUGUAAGAACAGUUCCCAGUGAGAAAUAUUGCUCCAAGUAGAAUAAGGUAAUGGCGUCAUUUCGUUGCUAUGACAGCUCCGAUGUCAUUGCAAUCCUGAUCAUGACAAAUUUCCCUCUUUAUCUGAUACAACUGUGGUGGCAAUUUUUUCCAAAUGCUUGUUUGUGGCGACGAAGUUUAUGCUCAAACUUGGCAGGUAUUGACUCUGAAAAACUGUAUCGAGCCACUUUCAUAUGCCAGUACGGCCUAUUUUGUUGCAUGGCCCUAGUUUCCUUUCGACUGUUUUGUAAAACUUUGGGCAACUUGGAAGAAUUUUUUGGGCAAAAGGAUUACCGCCCCCCCUGGCAAAAAAUUGCCCGUACGCCUAUGACGGUGCUGGGAAGUUAUAGAGACGCACACCGAGAAUGCUUUGACGUCGGAAGAAUUUGUCACGCUUGAGAGAUCUGUUGUUGAGUCCGUCGUGAAAAGGGAGAGAUUGAAUGUAAAGGAAGUGGAUUUAUUCAAGGCUAUUGAUCGCUGGGCAACCAAAGAAGUUGAAAAGCAACGGCUUACCCCUGGAGGGAAGGUUAAAAGAAGGAUUCUUGGAGAGAAAAUUGUGAAAGCGAUAAGGUUCCCAGUGAUGUCGCAGAAGGAAUUUGCUUCGGUUGUUGUGGAUUGUGACAUUCUGACUAAAAAGGAGAUUGGUUUCAUGAUGAAACACUACGGUGGUGUCGGUUUAGAGGCUUCUUUACCAUUCAUGCAUUCCCCCAGACAGUAUGGAACUGGGCCUUUGCAUCGCGUUUAUAGAUCUGCAAUGCAUAGCGCAACCUGCUGGCCGUGCAAUGGUUUCCUGAAAGAUGCCCUCGGCGUUAGUGUCAGUAAACCUGUCAAGCUACAAGGAGUGCAGCAUUUUGGUAGUGAAGGUGGCGAAUACACAGUUUCCUUAGAAGUAAAGGAUACAAUAAAUAGUUUUUCUCUGGUAAAACAAACAGGCACGUAUUUCCCCGAGGAAGAUGAGACACACUUUUACGAUGGAUUUGAUGUCAUGUUUGACCACCCAGUUUGUCUUGAGAAGGGUAAAGUGUAUGAUAUUGUAUCUCUCAUCAAGGGCCCACCAUCUUUGUUUGUGACUAAUGGGAAAGAAUAUGUCGAGGCUCUUGGAAUCCAGUUUUCAUUUAGCAAUUCAGCUGCUUCUAGUAACGGAACUAAAGUAAAAAGUGGCCAGUUUCCUGCACUUAUUUUCAGCACAAUGUAG